AUGGAGGAGGCGAGAGGGAAGGAGACGACGGAGGGGGUGGCCGCCGAUGUGAGCCUGAAGGAUCUGUCCAGGAGGCUCGAAGACUUCGCAAAGGAGAGGGACUGGGAGAAGCACCACAGCCCAAGGAACCUUCUGCUCGCCAUGGUCGGCGAGGUCGGGGAGCUGUCGGAGCUGUUCAUGUGGAAAGGCGAGGUGCAGAAGGGCUUGCCUGGCUGGGAGGAGAGGGAGAAGGAGCACCUCGGCGAGGAGCUCUCCGACGUGCUGCUCUACCUGAUCCGUCUCUCCGACAUGUGCGGCGUCGACCUCGGUGACGCGGCCCUGAAGAAGAUCGUGAAGAACGCCGUCAAGUACCCGGCGCCGUCAAAGAGCGCCUGA